AUGAACAUACAUUUGGUGCUGCUUUCUUCGUACCUUGGGAAUUGGGAAUACUAUCUGGAGACCCUAGCUGCAGAACUCCAAACGAUUCAAGGUUGCGUGCUCGUUUUCGAUAUUGGCCAAAGCACCAGCGAACAAUUUACGUCUGAAGAGCUCCAAGACCUUCUUCGUCUCCAGAACAAAGUGCUCUUUCGAUCAACGGCGACUCUGCGAUCGACGGUCAGAGUUGUGAAGUUACUGGAAGACAUAAAUGGGAAACUUGUUGGCGGCACUCCAGAAUUCCUAGAGAGAACCGAAAGGACGCAGAGAAGUCUCCGGUCAUACUUGGAUGAGUUGGAAGGCCAUUUGAGCGCCUCCGAAGCAUUGGCAAAAAGGAUCCAGGCGACCAUCGGACUGCUUGUCAGCCUCCUAGACCUACGAAACCAAGCUAUGGCCGAUAAAACGAAUUCCCACAUGCUCCAACUCACGCGUGAGGGUGUUGAUGACAAUGCUACUGUACGAGUAAUCACUGUCUUCACACUCAUCUAUCUUCCUGCAACCUUUAUUGCGGUAUUUGAAUCCUCGCCCCUUUGCGGAGACGCUCUUGCUGAGACUUAG